AUGACAAAAAAUAAUCUUGAAUACGAAGUAUUUACAACAUCAUCUUCCACAAAAGAUAAUUCAUUAUCAUUAACACGUAAUGAAUCAAGAAGAUUAAAAAGGAUUCAAUUAAAAAAGUUACAGGCGUAUGAAGUUAUCGAAAAGAUUGAGAAUGCUCCUGUGAAAGAAAUUUUUUCCUUAGAACAAACACCAUAUUUAUGCUUAACUAACGUUUGUUUUGGGGGGAUUGGGGGUGUAACGACAGAACAAUUAUCGAAUAUUUUUAAAUCGUUUAAUGGUUACCUUGGAUUAAAGUUAACACAUGGCAAGCCAUAUUCAUUUAUCAUAUUCAAUACACCUUAUGAUGCAUUUCAUGCAAGAGAAGCACUUCAUGAGAAAUCAUGUGAUGCUCUAAACGGGAAAAUCAUGUUUAUUGAAUACGUUAAUUUGAAUUAUCAAAAUUUUAUAAAACAAAUCAAGAAUUCGGAUAAAAGUGAUAUUCCAG